AUGUGCUCACACCUCACCAGAGAGUGUGGCCUACUGUUGCUGCUACUAUUUACAACAAGUAAUUUGGAGAUCACCGUGGAGGAGGGGAAGGAUGCUUUCCUGCCCUGUUUCUACUCUCCCAAGGAGGAGUCCAAUGUUCCUGUGUGCUGGGGCAGGAAAAGCUGUCCCUGGCUCAAGUGUCAGGAUCUGGUGCUCAGCACAGAUGGAACAAAAGUAACCUAUCAGAUAUCCAGCAGACACCAGCUAGAAAUGGAUUUCCAGUCUGGAAAUGUGUCCUUGACCAUAAAGAAUGUGACUUGGGCUGACAGAGGGCCCUACUGCUGCCGGAUUCAGUACACAGGCCUAAUGAAUGAUAAAAAAGUUAGCCUGAAUUUGGUCAUCAAACCAGCCAAGGUAGCUCCCACCCCAACACCAACCUUGCUGGGGACGCUGACCAGCGGAGGAUAUGACUCAGAGACCCCGACCCAGGUGAAAGUGGGUGAAAAUCGUACAGUAACAGGAAGUCCUUCACUGUCUACUGAGGUCAGCUCCACUGAGUCCAAGCUGGGUGUCAUCUGCGGAGCCGGGGUCUCUGCUGGGCUGCUUCUGGUCCUUAUUUUUGGUGUUUUGAUUUUCGGGUGUUAUUCUCACAGGAAGGAGAAGUUGCAGAAUUCAAGCCUGCUUGCUUCGGCCACUAUUGCCCCCUCAGGGUUAGCCAAUAUGGCAGCACAGGGGUGCCACUCAGAGGAGAACAUCUACGUCAUCGAAGAGAACAUGUACGAAAUGGAGGACCCCUAUGCACAUUACUGCACCAUCAUCCCUGGGCAGCCGUCUUGA